ACAAGAUUAGCUUCUGGAUCUUCGCCGGCAGCUUCGGAAUUUGAGCUGCUUCAGCCGCUCAGCACCUCAGACUUUCGGCCGCCUGUAACCAGGGCUAAGCCGGGACUCGGUCCCUUCCUCGCCGAGAAUGCUGGCCCCCUAAUUACCGGUCCCCAAACUUUCCCUCAGCCGAAGCGUCGGCAAGGUGGUCCGACGGGCAGAAGUGCGCCCUGCUGGGGCACUGCUCCUUCUGACAGCUUCGCAGAACUCGUGAAGGACCGGGCUUCUGGGUGGAUCUUCACCGCCAUCAUAGGAUUGCUCACCACCUGCAAUCUUGAAAACCCACUAAAAAACACGGUGGUUGCGGGGAGGAGCGCAUCUUAAGCACCCUGGUGGAUUUGAGCUGUAGGUGGCAGGUGUUCUUUUCCCUGGCGUCUUCCUCCGAGGCUGGCAGGAUGAUGAAGAAAUGAUACUGAUGAUAGGAAAGCAAUUCCCUUCAACCAACUCCUGUUUUCCUGAGAAAGCCCGUGGAAGAUACAGAUUGGGAGAACACAUUCCCGCUUAACUGCAGGAAAGUCAAAGAACAUCCAAGAAACAAAAACCUCAGUUUUGCAAACGCACAAGGUGCUGAUCCAGACAGUAUGGUGCAGUGAUCAUAAGCAGACCUCUGUGUUCUCUCAUAGAGAAGACUUUUUCUCAUCUUUGUUUCUCCUGAAACACCUGGAGUGAGGAAAACCUUUGCAGUGGCCAAGCAAAAGACCCAGAGCCUACAGACAUUCAAGGGGUGUGGUCUCUGGGAGGCCCCAAGCGAAGCAUUCUGAAGGAAACUUGAGUAAACACAGCGGAUUCCCACCCAUGCAUGGCCCCUGCUAACCUGUCUGCUAAGAAGAGUUGCUCUUUGUUCAAGUCAGUAAGUAUCUGUGAUUGAAGGGGAUCAACUAAGAGCAGCUCCUCACAACAUCAAGGAAGAGACUUUUCAUACUCUUAUCUUGGAAUCAGAAGUUGAAUUUGUGAACAUAAUAUGAUUUAGAAAUCAUGGGUUGUAGCAGUUCUUCAACAGGAAACAAGAAAUCUGAGAAAAUGUUAAAAGCCACCUUAGUCAUCCAGAACUGGUACCGAGGUUACAGAGCUCGGCUGAAGGCCAGACAACACUAUGCCCUUGCCAUCUUCCAGUCCAUCGAAUAUGCUGAUGAACAUGGUCAAAUGCAGUUAUCCAAUUUCUUUACCUUCAUGUUGGAAAACUGUUCACAAGCACGUAAGGAAGAUCCAGAACUUGUAAGUCGGCUUUUUGAAAGAACCUUCCAGGAUAUCAAGGAUAGACAGGAGUAUGUAGGGUUGAUAGAUGUACCGGACUCUUAUGAAGGCCCUCGCCUGGAAUUUCCUCUCACUUUUACUGACAUCAAUCACCUUCUUGAGGCCUUUAAGCAACAACAGAUACUUCAUGCUCAUUAUGUCUUAGAGGUGUUAUUUGAAACCAGGAAACUCCUGAAGCAUAUGCCGAAUUUCACUCAUGUAAAAACUUCUCCCUCCAAAGAGAUAACAGUCUGUGGUGAUUUACAUGGGAAACUGGAUGACCUUUUUUUGAUCUUCUAUAAGAACGGUCUCCCGUCGGGGAACAACCCGUAUGUUUUUAAUGGUGAUUUUGUAGAUCGAGGCAGUAACUCCAUAGAGGUCCUCAUGAUCCUGCUUGUGAGUUUUCUUGUCUACCCCAAUGACCUGCACUUGAACAGAGGGAAUCAUGAGGAUUUUAUGAUGAAUAUGAGGUAUGGCUUCACAAGAGAAAUCUUGUUUAAAUACAAGCUGCAUGGAAAAAAAAUCUUGCAAAUCUUGGAAGAAGUCUAUACCUUGCUCCCAAUUGGUACAAUUAUUGACAAUGAAAUUCUGGUGAUACAUGGCGGGAUAUCAGAGUCCACAGAUUUGAAUUUACUCCACCGCCUACAGAGAAGCAAAAUGAGAUCUGUGCUGAUGCCACCAGUGUCAAUAAAUAGAGGCCAUGCCACCGACUCUAAGAAAAGUAAAGGGGACAUUACUGUUACUUCAUCAGGAAAAGUCAAAUCAAAUGGUUUCCCUUCUCAAGAGUUAUCAAAGCAUGAAUGGGAACAGGUUGUUGACAUUCUGUGGAGUGACCCCAGAGGAAGAAAAGGCUGUUAUCCAAACACAAGUCGAGGAGGAGGCUGCUAUUUUGGACCAGACGUUACCUCUAAGAUUCUCAAUAAAUACCAGUUGAAGAUGCUCAUUAGGUCUCAUGAAUGUAAGCAUGAUGGGUAUGAAAUCUGCCAUGAUGGGAAGGUUAUUACCAUAUUUUCUGCUUCUAAUUAUUACGAAGAAGGCAGCAAUCGAGGAGCUUACAUCAGACUGAGUUAUGGUAUGAACCCACGAUUUUUCCAGUACCGAGUAACUAGUUCAACAUGCAUGAGCCCUCUUCACCAAAGGGUACAUACUAUGGAAACUAGUGCCAUCAGGAUAUUAAAAGAGAGAAUAAUUUCACGAAAAACUGACCUCAUGCAUGCUUUCCAACUUCGGGACCACAGUCGAUCAGGAAAAAUUUCAAUAGCCCAAUGGGCUUUUUCUAUGGAGAGCAUUUUGGGGCUGAACUUACCAUGGAGAUCUCUGAGUUUGCAUCUGGUAAACAUAGACAAAAAUGGAAAUGUAGACUACAUGUCCAGCUUCCAGGAUGUCCACAUUGAAAAACCUGUGAAAGAGGUCCAAUCUACUCUAAUUGAAACUCUAUACAGAUACCGAUCUGACCUGCAAAUCAUAUUUAAUGUCAUUGACUCUGAUCGCUCAGGCCUGAUCUCCAUGGAAGAAUUUCGGGCCAUGUGGAAACUUUUCAGGACUCACUACAGCGUUGAUAUUGAUGAUUCCCAAGUUGAUGAGCUUGCCAAUAUAAUGGACUUAAACAAAGAUGGAAGCAUUGACUUUAAUGAGUUUUUAAAGGCUUUCCAUGUAGUGCAUAAAUAUGAGAAGUUGAGCACAUCAAAUGCCAAGUUUGCUAACUAUAAAUGAAAGCUUCCCUCAGGCUCCUUGUAAACAGCUGAACUCAAAUCACAAUCUUUUCCAGGACCACCGAAAUUCAUAGUCAGUAAUCGAGAAUAAUAGAUCCCAAUUCCCAUCAUAAACAGACACAGUAUGGGUGUCAGAAGCCCUUAGCAAACUAUAAUUGGUAGACUAGGUUAAAUGUCAGCUGAUAAGAUUUGCCUCUAAUAUUGGAACUCACCCAUUGCCAUUGAGAAGCUGGGUUUGAGCCUAGUGUUGGUCUCUUGGAUGCCACCUAAUUGGGAGACCGGAGCAGUUUGGAAACAUCCUGAAAGGAACCCACAGAGCACCAGAGAGAACUAUUAAGUUCAACAACUGUAACUGAGGGAUGGGAGGAGGAAUACCAAGCUACUAAUGGAAUAAACUAUUUCCAUCCUUAAAAUGUAAUCUUUUUUGGAGAUUCCGUAAACCAGUGAUCCUUAAUUGUGGGGAAACCACUCUUCAGGGAGGGGGACCACAUUAUAUUGUUGGGGAAGACUGUGGGAGAAAAACUUUUUUCAUGUCUGAUGGUAGUACUAAGUGAAUACAUUUACAUUGAUCCCUAUAAUUAAUAUGGUCUGAUACCUUCAUUGAUAAGAUGGGGCCUUGGUUAUGCAUAUACUGUGCAAUUUAUUCUGCUAUUCUGAACUUGAGUCAAACGUAAUGAGAUUUUUGUUUAAAAGUAAGUAUAUGUUUCACUUUUUAAAAAAGUUUUAGAACUUCAAGAUCUAGAAACAUGCCAGAUCCUGUAAUCCUGCCUGCUCCACACACCAGAAAUAAUGGAUAAAAUUUAAAAAAAAAAAAAAAUUUUUUCUUUUACUAGACAACUGAGCUUACAGGAAAGUAAAAGAAACUCCUAAAGGGGGAAAAAGGAAAAAAAAGCAUAAUUGAAACUAUAGCAAUAUUAAUAUCAGGCAGGUUAGACUUUAAGGCAAAAAAUGUCAUUGGGGAUAAAAAAAAAAACAUCAUUACUGAAGAGGAAUAAUUCACCAGGAAGAUAUAAUAUUUAUAAAUGCAUAUGCAUCUAAUAAUAAAGGUUUAAAAGUUAUAUAAAAAUUUAUAUACUUACCAGGUUAAGUUGGUAGAGGGUGAUUUUAAAAUAUUUUUGUCAGUAAUUGAUCAUGUAAAUAAAAAUUAGUUUAUAGAUGAUUGGACAACUCAGUUAACCCACCUGAUGGCCUGUGGUCUUGUGUGUGUAUGUAUAGUGUUUAUAUAGAUGUGUAUAUGUGCACACAUACAACUCUGCAAUCAAUUUUAGAGAAUAUACAUUAUUUUCAAACCCAUAUGGAACAUAUAUAAAAAUUGAGCACAAAACUUAAAUACCAGUCAAUAACAAAGAUAUUACCUUCUCUGAUCAUAAUGCAAUUAAAUUAAAACCCAACAUAGGAGGGGAGGGAAUGUGGGGAUAGAAAGGAUAGUAGAACAAAAGACAUUAUUACUUUAUGACUGCAUGACCAAUGUGAUUCUACAACAUGUACACUCAGAUAAAGAAGAAAUUAUAUCCCAUCUAUGUAUGAUAUAUCAAAAUGCAUAAAUUCAUUCUACUGUCAUGUAUAACUAAUUAAAACAAAAAAAUUUAAAAAUUAAAAGAAACA